GUUUCGUCCUCCCCGCCGGUAGUUCACAUCGUACGAAGCUCUUGCAAUGAAUUCGUUCGCUCGUCAGCUCUUCCGCAGCCUCAAAAGAAUGCCCCAUUCAUGCAGGCCCCACCAGACGUGGCAAGGCCAUCCGGCCUAUCUCACGGCUUUCCUCGGCUCUCGAGGCUUUGCAUCGACCACACAGAAGUUCAUACCGCCCCUCAGUAAGCACACGUGGUCAUCUAUGGUCAGACAGAUGACUGCUUGACAAUGUCUCUCCCUGCCUGUCUGUCUGUCUGUCUGCCCGUCGUCGUUGUAGGUGUCCAGCUGGCGUUCAAGGAUGGGCGUGAUCCCGUCAUUCAGUUCGUGUUCGACACGACGGUCGCACAGCAGCCCAUCAUGGUGCCAAUCGCCAACAAGACCGUCGGCACACUCAGCAAAACCCUGGGAGAGCUGCCCUCCUCGCCCGACAAAGUCGACAUCCACAGCCCCGACGGCCUGCCUCUCGCCCCGCACACACCACUGGAUCAGCUUGUCAAGACCGGCCUCUUGGUGUCUUUCCCUGACGGCAGCACCUUCCCAGUGCCGCCACUCAUCCUCCAUGUCUUCCCUCCCCGUGUGGCUGACGACAAUGCAGCAGAGCUGCCCGCACCAUCGGCAGGUCUGGAGGCCAGGGCCAUGACGGAUGUCGACUAUCUGAAGGUGCAGGCGAGGGCAAAAGCGUUGGUGCCCGUCAGCUCGAUGGUCGAAAGGCUGCGGACGGCUGUCUCUUCGGUGGCCAAGGUGCCGGCCACAUCUGGUGAGCUGGAGCGGGCUAUCGAAAGCGCAUUGGUGGCCGAGAGGGCCGAGAGGGCUGCAGCCAUUCACCAGCUGAGGAAUGAGGCCCGAACUCUGCGGAACACUCUCGACCCGAUGAGGGAGCUAAAAGUGAGCGAGACACUCACAUGUGCAUGAGCACGGAUCCCAUCUUUCCUUGCUUUUUCAGAAUCGCCUUGACAGACAGGCGACAUGGACUGUUGGUCUCUGGGCGUGGGGUUCGGUGGCUUUUUUCUCGCUGGAGUUCACGGGCAUCGCAUACGGCACAUUUUGGUUGUACAACUGGUCGGGCGAGAGACAGAUAGAUAGAUGCACCUGAAAAUGAAGACAGAUGGGGAAGAUGGGCAUGUGCUGCUGCUGCGUGUGUGUGUGCAGGGAUAUCAUGGAGCCCCUGACAUAUCUGCUGGGCUUCUUCGAUGCCGUGGCUGCAUACACCUUUUAUGCAUUUGUGCGGACCGAUUACUCUGCGGGGUCGUUCAUCGAUGCAGUAGUGGCACGGAAACGGAGGAGGCUUUACAGGUCGGAGGGCUUUGCAUAUGUAGGUUCCUGCCUGUCUGUGGAUGCAUGGACGUGUGUCUCUCAGGCGCCACAAGUUGGAUUUGACAAGUUUUGAGGGCCUCGAGAUGCAGCUGCGACAGGUGGAGCUGCAGCUGCAGGUAGCUGAGACACACGUUUUCGCAUGCCUGGUGAUCGAGUGCUCUGUAUGUCUUUGAUGGCACUCAUUGCUUGUGCAGGCACUGAGAGACACAAAUCGCCUCGAGAUGGAUGCAUUUGAAGACAAGAAGACGAAAUGAGUCAGACAGGGCCGCAUGUGGCUCUGUGGCUAAGGAAUGUGUGUGAGUGUGUGUGAGGGGG